AUGUUCCUAUUAAUCCUGUAUUUUUUACUUCCUCUAGCCCUCUGUGAAAUAACUAUACCAGAUGUGGGCGAUGGAUGGUUUCCCACUUCAUCAAGCGAUUGCGGCACUAAUCUAAUUUCCGCUCACAGUUUUUAUGCUUAUUGGGAUGGCGACUUGCCAAAUUCUAAUGAUGUCAACUUUGCAGGUGCUCUAGACGAUAUUGUGCUGGUUCGAGAUAAUGCAGGGGGAAAUAUUCAAGCAAUCAGAGUAAGUCAGGAUGAUUACAUGAUAGGCACAUUUGGAGGUAAUCAGCUUGACUCUAUAUCUAGCGACCUUCUCGAUACUUAUGCUGCUGUUCUAAUAGUCGAAAAUGGAAUAAAUGAUUACUUUUAUAUUGAAUCUAUUACCGGUGACCCAAAAACUACCUAUGGGUUUAUCGCCGCAACAGGAGAUCUAAGUUUUGAGUAUGUCACUGAGGCAAUAAAGUUUUGGAGUAGGGGUGAAAGCUACAAUUUUGCCACCAGCAGACAAUUUAUUAAUGAAUAUAAUUUAUGCGAGCACUCAGCCGACGACGCAUAUACCUUGAUCAACUCGUCAUAUUUUGGUGACUGCAUUUCGAUUACUUAUAACUCUUCACAAACUUUAGAGGAGCAGACUGGCUUAGCAACUGAUCUUCUCUAUGUUUACAAUGGUGGUACAACUUCUUUUAAUGACGGCGAUAAGGUCUGUGUUUCUAUUGGUGCUGUCCCCGACAAUACUCAAUAG